AUCUAACAACAGCUGUUUUCAUUGGCUAGCACGCUUUUUGUAGUAAACAAUUAUCAAAUUAUUAUUGUUAUUUUUCUUAAAUUCUUGAAAAAUGGUGCGAAAACUUAAAUUUCACGAACAAAAAUUGCUCAAGAAGGUUGAUUUUAUCACCUGGAAGGUCGAUAAUGCCGGCAAGGAAGCAAAAGUCUUACGUCGCUAUCAUAUACGCAAGCCCGCUGAUUAUACCAAAUACAACAAGCUGUCACGUGAGAUACGCACACUUUGUGAAAAAAUAGCAAAUCUGGAUAAGUCCGAUACUUUUAAGAUGGAGGCUGCAAUGAUGCUUCUGGAGAAGCUUUACCUCAUGGGUUUAAUCAGAAAUAAAGCUGAAUUGGAAGCAGCUAGUCGUGUGUCCGCGAGUUGUUUCUGUAGACGCAGAUUACCGGUGAUAAUGGUGAAAAAUCAGCUCUCACAAAACCUGAAAAACGCCACAGAUCUCAUCGAGCAAGGACAUGUACGUGUUGGUCCCGAUAUGAUAACCGAUCCAGCAUUUUUAGUAUCACGCAAUUUGGAAGAUUUCGUUACAUGGGUGGAUAGCUCGAAGAUUAAGCAGCAUGUGCUCAAUUACAAUGAUCAACGUGAUGAUUUCGCUUUAGUUUAAAUUUUAAAUAAAUUUUAACUUAUAAAAGAAAAGCCUCGUUUUAAGUAAAUACAAAAUAAGAAUAUUGUGCCUAAAAAAAUUCCAAAAUA